AAGAGAAUAUACAUGGCAGCGUCACCACUACCGAGAUGGGCUCCUACGCCGAGCCCCACCAGGCCACCACAGUCGACGACGUCGUCGAGCACUGCUAUGGUUUCAUGGCGCGGCUGGUCGGCGUGGCCGUCAAGCCCCAUCUUCUUCCCACGUUGUCUCUCUAAUUCGGAGCCAUGGGAGGCUUCGCCGGCCGAUGGGGUAGUGGACAAUGUGGAGCCCGGCGUUGCCAGGGUAUUUCUGAAGUGGCAGGAUCUAUCGGUGACGGUCAUAAAUGGGAGAAAGGGCCAUGCUGUGAUCCUUGAUGGGCUUAGUGGGUACGCGCGCCCUGGCGAAGUGCUGGCUCUCAUGGGUCCUUCGGGCUGUGGCAAAACUACUCUACUUGAUGCAUUGGCUGGACGACUCAGACCUAACAUGAAAGGGAGGGGAGACAUCUUGAUCAAUGGUUGCCGUCAGAAGGUUGUAUCCGCAACCUCCGCGUAUGUGACACAAGAAAAUGUGCUGAUGGCGACGUUGACGGUGGCGGAGGCGGUGCACUACUCGGCUCAGCUUCAGCUGCCGGACUCCUUGACGCCGGCUGAGAAGCGGUCAUGGGCCAACGAUGUUAUCAGGCAGAUGGGACUCGCCACGGUAGCCGGAACUCGGAUCGGCGGGCGCGUUUGCAAGGGCAUUAGCGGUGGCCAGCGGAAGCGAGUGAGCAUCUGCAUUGAGCUGCUGGCGUCACCGGCGCUCAUCUUCCUUGACGAGCCAACAAGUGGGCUUGAUAGUGCCGCGUCGUACCACGUCAUGAGCCGCAUUGCUGGGAUCGCCAGAAGGAAUGGGACGACGGUCGUCGCAGCCAUCCACCAGCCAAGCACAGAGGUGUUUGAGCUCUUCCAUGGCCUCUGCCUGUUGGCCAAUGGGAGGGCGGUUUAUUUUGGGCCAGCUUCCAAGGCAAUAGAGUUCUUUGAUGCUAAUGGCUUCCCAUGCCCAUUGAGGAGGAAUCCUUCUGAUCACUUCUUAAGGAUGAUAAACACGGACUUUGAGGAAGCCGAGGAAGAAUCAACUGUAAAUUUGGCACAUGCUGCAAAAGUAAUCCAGACUCUAGUGGCUUCUUCUGGCUCUCUUGCUAUUUUAGGAACUGAAAUGGAAGCAAGGAAAACAGUUAAGCAGGAGGGUGACCGUGUACUUCAACGAAGGCAAGCAACGUUCUGGACCAAAUCAAUUGUCCUAACCAAAAGAUCAAUGCUUAACAUGCAUAGAGACAUAGGAUAUUAUUGGUUACGUUUUGUUAUCAACAUCGCACUUUUUCUAACCAUUGGGACCAUUUUCUUCAAUGUUGGUCACAAUUAUGCAUCAAUCCAAGCACGAGCAUCUAUGCUUAUGUUUACAUCAACCUUCAUGACAAUGAUGGCAAUCGGAAGUUUUCCAUCAUUUGUCGAGGAUAUGAAGGUAUUUGAGAAAGAGCAGCGGAGUGGACACUAUGGGGCCAUUGAAUUUGUAAUAGCCAACACACUUUCAUCAACUCCAUACUUGGGCCUCAUCUCCGUACUACCUGCUGCAAUUGCUUAUUACCUAACCGGACUUCAAAGAGGAAUAGAACACUUCUUCUUCUUUGUUGCCACUCUAUGGGCAUGCACAAUGUUGGUUGAGGGUUUGAUGAUGAUUGUUGCAGCCAUUGUACCCGAUUUUCUCCUCGGUAUAAUUACAGGUUCUGGAGUACAAGGGUUACUAAUGCUAAACGCUGGUUUCUUCAGGCUUCCAAAUGACCUCCCAAAACCAAUAUGGAAGUACCCAACUUACUACAUAUCUUACCAAAAGUAUACAACUCAAGGAUUGUACAAAAAUGAAUUCUUGGGCUUGGUCUUCCAAGAUUUAGGUGUUGUCGGGGGCGCCGACAUUAGUGGUCAAUAUAUCCUGAAGAACAACUUACAAGUGGAGUUAGGUUACUCGAAGUGGGCCGAUCUUGCGAUAUUACUUGGAAUGGUCAUUAUAUAUAGGGUGCUUUUCUUGAUCAUUAUAAAGGUAUCAAAAAUGGCAAAACCAUUCAUAAAAUGUCUAAUAGCAAAAGUGUAAUGAUACCUUGUCUAUGAAGGGUCAAACUAGGUUUUUGUUGUCCUAUCAUACAUGUAUGUUGUUUGCCAUAUUUGUAAGAGACUAUUGAGAUAAUUGUACUCUUAUACUUUUAUGAGAUCUCGAGUAAUUUACCAUUGUACA